GGGGUGAAUAUGAUCCGGGCAAUAAUUCAAGUUAUAAUUCAUAACUCAGGAAUUACUCUGCAAUCUUUACCGGGAACAGUAUUGUUGGUUUUCUCAAAGGGAUUAUGUUGAUUUAAGAGAACAGUAGAACAGAAUGACAGUUUUAGGUCAAAUAAAAGGAGAAUAUUCUAGAAUAAUCAUAGGUUCGUGUUUCUGCAGGAAAUGGAGAAAAGAAUCAGAUUUCAGUUCUUUUCUGUUCGUUGUAAUAAAACACGGGUUUUACAAUGCUGCUUUACAAAAUAUGAAAGCUAUGUAAAGUUAUAUUUUUUUAUGCAAACACAAACACACACUCGCGGGCGCGCGCACGCACACACACACAUACAGCGCCGUGUGAAUGUCGCUUGUUUCUUUCAAGUCAUUCUCUAACAACACGCGUUUCUCCGCAGCUCGUGUUCAGGAAAAUCUGCCAGAUUGUCUUUCUUGACGCUGAUAAACAGCCGCGCUUCGGGUUUCAACGGUGUUUACUAACAAAUCGCGCCGCACUGGAACUAUGAGCUUCAGCGGUCGGCGGGAGAGAGAGCGGCGGCUGCCCGGCUCAGGCGAGCCCUCCCCGGUGUGAGAGUCAAAUCGAGGCCGCUGUCGCUGCGGCCUAGUACGGGCGGUUUAAUGUUCCACUCGACAAAACAGAACAGCGCUCCGGUAAUGUCGUAAAAACUCACGAAACAUUAACACGAUGUCGAGAAUGAGACAAUAACGCAAUUCAGAGCAGAGUCCAUCUGGAACAACUAUGGCUUUGUGUGAUGACAGAUUGACGUUGAUUGACAGAUGAUGCUGGAGGUAAGGUUACCUGUGCAGGUGAGCGAGGCCCUCAGCGUCACGGCUGGAGAAUGAAGAUUCAUUCAGACCCGUGUGAGAACGCACACGCAUGUGAAUCCGCAUCUCCGGACAUGAACCCGGACCUCCGUUUGACCUUGACCUCCUGCAACGGUUCGGCUGACCAAUCAGAGCGGGAGGAUCUGACGGCACAGUUUGGUGAAGCCCCGGCGGACGACGAGGACGAUCUCACGCCCGAGAUCCAGCAGGCCUACAGGAUAUUCCAGAGCUUCCUCUCGGAGAAGCACAAGUCCGUCGCGGCCCCCUUCUGGCGUCCCAUGGGCCCCGGGGACUCCACCGGGAUGUGCUUCAGAAAGAUGGAUGAUAAGUUCGUGAAUCGCGAGUAUGAGUCGAUCACGGCGUUCGUGGCAGAUUUCAGACAGAUGCUGGAGAACUGUUACCGCUUUCACGGCGUGGAUCACUGGAUCUCCAAACAGGCCCAGAAACUGGAGAUCAUUCUGGAGCAGAAGCUCACCUUGCUGUCCAGGACGCUGCGGGAGAAGACCACGCUGGCCGUGACCUCCAGAGGCCGCUUCGGGACGGAGGAUGAGAAGACGACGCUGGGCUCGUCGUCCAGACGCAGAUGGGUGCCGCGGAGCAUCACUGGGGGGGGCAGCGAGUCCAUCAUGGUGCAGGCGCUGAGACUGGAGGAGCUGCAGCGAGCCAAAGACGAGAAGAGACAGCGAGAGCAGGAGCGUAAGGAGGCCGAGGAGGCCGAGGUGAAGGAUCUGGAGGACUGGGAGCGCUCUCUUCUGUCUCAGGCCGAGCCGUGUGCGCUGUGGAGUCUGUGGGAACUUCCUGCCAUCGGCCACUUCCUGUGCCUGGCGCAGACGGCGCUCCACCUGCCCGAGAUCGUCUUCUACGAGCUGGAGCGCUGUCUGCUGAUGCCUCGCUGCAGUGUGUUCCUGGCCCGAGUGAUGACGGCGCUCCUGAGCCCCCCCCAGAAGAGACCCAGCGUCCAGCGGCGCGCACCAAUGUCCUACAGAGUCUGGGAGAACCAGCUGCGCCGCCGCGUCCAGAGCUGGUUCAGAGCGGUCGGCCGCGCAGAGGACACACAGCAGGCGGUGCGGGCGGAGCGGCUCGGGCUCUGUCCUCAGUUCUUCUGGACUCUGGGAGCGGUCAGUCCUCUGGAGGAGACUCCCUUCCACCUGCUGCCUCUGCUGCAGCGCGUCUGGCUCCUCAAGGGUCUGUGUGAUCACGUCUACGAGACGCAGAAGGAGGUGCAGGACGCGGUACUCUCGCAGCCCAUCCACGAGUGCCGAGAGUCCAUCCUGGGCUACGACCAGCAGGACAACGCUUACAUCCACUUCCCUCACUUCUGCGGCGCUGACCUGCGCAUCUACGUCCAGAGUCCCUGCGGAGCCGUGGAGCAGCCGCUGGCACCCAUCCACGUCCAGAGAGCCCCGGAGGAGCCGCAGGGGCCCGAGCUCCGUGAGAAGGAUGUGUGUGUGUCUGCAGAUGAAGUGAAGGAGGAGGAGAGCUCCAGCAGCACGGAGCCCAACACAUGGGACGUGAGAGAAGAUUCCCUCGCUGACGGAGAGGAUCUGGAUCAGACUCCCUCGUGGUGCAGAGAAGACUCUCUGGACUCUGUGAGCGUCCGAGGACAGUCGAGGGCGGACGGACGGCUCCGAGACGAGGAGUCUGACAGCGAGCCGUGCUUCAGAGUCGGAGACAGCUGCUAUAAGGGCGUCUCGCCGGCUCUGAACAGUCACAGAAGUCACCGGAUCGAAGCGAAUCACUUGAGCGCAGAGGAACGAAGCCAAUGUCCGGAUCGUUCCGGAGCGAGUUUCUGGACCGAUCCCGGAAACACACGACGGGACGGAUCCAGACCGACACGAGUCCAGAAGAGCAAGAAGAAGAAGAAGAAAGAGAGGAAGUUCAGCAUGAAGAAACCGAAGAUGAGCAAACUGAGCUUGAAGAAGAGAACGGCCAGAAGCAGCCUCCAGAGAGCAGCCCAAAACAUCAAGAAGAAAGACAAGAGGAAGAGACACAGACUGGGAAAGAGGUUUGAUGGGAAGCCGAUGUUAUCGAGGAGAUCAUCAGGAUCUGCUCCUCCUCCAGAUCAACCCACGUUUCAGCUGGUUUGCUCCAGUCUGGAUGAUCUCAGAGUCCUGAUCAGUAAAAUAGAAGAUCAACUAGAUGAACUGGACGGCAAAAAGAGAUCUGGUCGAUUGCCACACAAAAGAGCCCCCUUGAAAGAGUUGCACAUCACACUUAUAAGGCUGCUUAAUGAGCUGUUACCAUGGGAACCCAAACUCGUCAAGGCCUUCCAGAGGAACAGAGCGCGCUUGAAAAAGGAGUUUGACGAAUUUAAGAAACACCCCGAAUAUGAGAACUUUAUCAGGGAGCCGAUGGAUACAGAAGAAACUAGGGAAGUUGAGUGCAAAGAUGGAUUGUUGUCCACAGAGACAACAAACAAACUGGGAGAGAGUGAAGUAAAAAUAGGCAAAACUAUGAAGGAGGACUCUGAGACAACAGAGACUGUAAAUCACGAAUCAAGAUGCCUAUUGGACAGACCUGAUGUUGUUAUGCAUUCGUCAGAGUCUGGACCCUUCACACGCAGUUCAAAACGGCGCCAAACUGUUGCAAUCAGUGAGGAACUGAGUCCAUGCAAAAGAGGCAAAAUGGACACAGAGAGCUCUUUAACAUCUGAUAUUAAUGUGGAAGUUGCAUCCAGGGAACAAGCAACAGUGAACCCACAAGCUUCAGUGGUGCCAGAGACUAUGAGUAGCUUCCAUGGGACUUGCAAACCCAUCCAGGCUUUGCUGGCUAAGAGUGUUGGAAACAAAGUGACCUUAAUAAGUCAUCCGAAGGCUGCAGUGAUGGCUCAGGCUCUGCGGGAUCAUAACAAAACAGUAUCUGUAACUCUGCCACCUGUCCGAUUAUCAACUACCUGUGCAUCUACGCAACACUCUCAGCCUGUCUCUACAGAAACAAUAACUACGACAUCUGCGACCGAAAGCUCUGGACAGGUGGUGUACAAGACGGCGGGAGGCGUGGGGCUUCUCAGGCAAGGAAGCACUUCUUUAAACUUUUCAGUGCCAUUAAUAUCAGAUCAUAAAUCAGGGGCGAAGGCAAUGCAACAAGUUGUUAUCCUGCCUUCAAAUCUACUGAUGCAAAGCACUGAGAAUAAGGCAGCCCAGACAUCUGUAUCUGUCUCUAAGACUACAACGUACAAGUCCAAUGUUUCAGGGUUCACCAUACCAGAAAACAAGGUUCCUGUCCAGCCGGUGGCACCUUUGAAAGAUACCAGCACUGUAAGAACACCGUCUGCUGUAGUUACUCCCAGUUUAAGGAACUUAAUCACUGUUGGUGUGCCUAAAAAGACUACUGAACCAAAGGUGGACCUGAACAAAUCAGCCAGCAGUGGUUUGACCAGAUCUGAUGCUAAGCAGGAGCUCAGGACAGUGUGUAUUAGAGACUCUCAGUCCAUCCUUGUCACUACGAGAGGAGGCAACACAGGAGUGGUGAAGGUUCAGACAUCAGAAAGUGGAACAGGGGCUUUGCCAUCCAGCCCAGUCUUUAACAUCUCACCCCAACUUCAUGCCUUCCUGGUGUCAAAGUCUUCCGCGUCUAAUACACAAGCUGCUUCGGCCACCAUUGCUGCUAAAUCUCGACCUGGAGACACUCCUCAGUCUACUUUUGUGGCAGGAACUGUCACUCCUUUAACCUUAAAUCAGAUUUCCAAUAACUGCACUACAGACAAAACAACAGUCCCUGGUAAAUCAACACUUCUGUCUACAAGCAAAGGCAGUGAUAGUUUCCUAAUAAAUGCGAAAGAUUGCGUUCAGCAGAAUAUGGUCUCUAAAUGUGGAACGAAGCCCCCACAAAAAAGGGCUCCACCGGGAAGCACAACUCCAGACCAAUCGACUUUCCAAAAGGUUUUCCUGGUCACACCUUCACCAAAUAUCCCUUCAAAGGUCACUACUACUACUACAGCAACCUGCACCGUUCCAGGAUCUCGGGUCAUGUUCAUAAGCAACUCUGCACUUAUCAUUCCAAAAGAGACGUCAACUUCAGAGGUUAACAUUUCCUCUGCUGGUACACAAGCAUUGAAAGUAGUUCCCAACUUGGGGACCUUAUCCUGCACUUCUUCUAGUACAAGCAUCCAAAGCAUCGGUAACCCAGGGUUAACAUCAAGAACACUUGGCACAAACACGAAACCUGAAGAAUCAUUGAAAACUACACCUAUGAUCGUCUCCAGAGUACCUGUAACAUCAACCACAAGUGGACUCCAGAUUGCUCCAAAAAGCUGUUUGGCUGCAAGCAGAAGUCUGUCAGGGAAUAGCGAAAGUGCUUUGAAAGUACCUCGGACUGUUAACAACAAAACUCUCACAUUUUCAACUCUAGGGACCGGACACAUGGCUUCCUCUGCACUUUUGUCAGUUGUGAAACCAGAUGUACCUCCAUCAGUUUCCGCUUUAAGUGCGCUACACUGUAAACCAGGAUUAUCAGCUGGCAGCUCUUCUUCAAACACAUCUUCCUCUUAUUCGGGAAGCCUUAUUACCAAACACACUACGUUACCAAUUAAUGUGACUGCUAACAAGCCAGUGAUCACUUCCCUGUGCACUUCACACUCACUGAUCAAAACAACAGCCAAUACUUCCGCUUCUGCAAUAUCCAGUACUUUUGCAUUGAGUUGCAGCUCCACUUUAACUCCUCCAGUGGUCAUGACUUCUGGGAUCCGACCUCAAACCUCUGCCACCAAGUGUGUUCAAGAGAAAAUCGUCAUCAACACCACUGCCCCACUUGCCCCUGGCACUCAGCUCCUGAUAAAUAACACCAGAUUUGUUGUACCUUCUCAAGGCCUGGCACCUGGGAGCCAUGUUCUGCUUAUCUCCAACUCUCGUCCUGGAGAAAUGCAAGGGCCAAGUCCUGCUAGUCCUCAAAGAUUGCAAGGGGCGAAUCCUGCUGGUCCUCGAGGAAUGCAAGGGCCAAGUCCUGCUAGUCCUCAAAGAUUGCAAGGGCCGAAUCCUGCUGGUCCUCGAGGAAUGCAAGGGCCAAGUCCUGCUGGUCCUCAAAGAUUGCAAGGGCCAAGUCCUGCUAGUCCUCAAAGAUUGCAAGGGCCAAGUCCUGCUAGUCCUCAAAGAUUGCAAGGGCCAAGUACUGCUGGUCCUGGAGGACUGCAAGGGCUGACUCGUGCAAGUACUGGAGGAUUGCAAGUCCCAAGUCCUGCUUCCACUGAUUCUAGAGGUCCAAAUACUUCAGCUACACACACAGUUCCUUCAGUUGUACAAGGUGUGAGAUUUGUUACACCGAUCAGAUUACCCUUGGCAAAAGUUGGACCUUCUGAUCAGCUCCGUCAGCAACUGAGCACCAGAACUCCGUUGAAUGUGUCUGGUCCUACUGCUCUCUCACAAGCUCUACAUCCUGGUGUACAUUCAGACAUUGUGAGACUUCCUAUCUUUCAAACCUCCAACUUCUCAGUUACAGCCUCACAAGGUACGACCGCAUGUCCCAAAGGAACCUCUCUUUCUCAAGGAGGUUUACUUACCACAACUUCUCCAGUGCAAGGAAGACCAUCCCAGACCCAAGUGGCGCCAGUCAUACCACCAGUGAAAGCUGUGAUUCCAAGGCAUUCUCCGAUGGUAAUCGUACCACCCAUGAGCAGCACGAUAUCACGGAUGCAGAAACUUCCGGUUGCAACGGUUCCACCUAUCGGUGGACCAAACAAUGCCAGUCCAGCCACUCCCAUUGCAACCGUUCCUCCAUCUGUGAGCACGGUCAUAAUGACACCUUGUCCACCUAUCAGAGCCGCGCAACCUGGGACAAUCGGAAAGCCUGUUAUUUUAUCCCAGCCAUCGCAAGGUCAAAGCACAAUUCCUGUGCAAGUUCCCACUUCUGCUAAACUCUUGUUGAGCCCAGAUGGUGCGGUCUUAAAUAUCAUUCAAGCCUCAGCCUCAGGCUUGCAAGUAUUUGCAAAGCCAAUGGCUGCUCAAGUGGUCAAUUCCUCCUCAGAGACCGUUACUGUACCUAUUUUAAACACAAGUGAUCCACUGAGAAAACCAGAUACCUUGGGGAGACCCAAUCACUGAAAUGGUUCUGGACGUCAUCUCGUUUUCCCAUUGUGAUCACAAAGGUCUUUUCAUUGUUUUGGGCUUCUUUUGGUUCUAUAUCUCCCCGUGUUGAGAGGCUGAAUACUAAAUAUCUAAAUAAAUAAGUUCGGGCAUUUUGCUUUACAAAACGAAUUGAAGGGAAAUAGGUUAUCCUUAGAGUUGUAAAUAAAAUUGGUUUCGCAAAGAGAUAUUUGGAGAUUUAAAAUGGCCAGCAAUGUACAUAACAGUAUUUGUUUGGCUGACUCUUUUCUACUCCAUUUGUAUGCAAAGGUUUGAAUGUUUUGUAGCAUUUUCCAUUAAAAUGAUUAAUAUUAUUCUGUAGAACAGUCUUCAGUCUAUUUAAGAGUAUGUCUGGCUGAUCUGAAGCCUGUGUUAGUGCAUUCAGGCAUAGGUUGAGUAUUAUCAGACAUCAUCUGAUAACAGCUUGAUUUUGUUUCAUCUGUAUCCAUGAAAAUAAACUUGGCAUAUUUAUGACUGAAGUAAAA